GUCAGCAGAGUUUAUUGGGUUUAAUAAGGGGAUUAAGUGCGGUUGCUUGUUUUUUGAUCAGCUCUAUGUUUUCUUAUUGGAAGUAAGACAAUGACAAACGACAAAUGUAAUCAAAGUAGACUGUUCAUCUUUAGUACGGCGCUUUGUUUAUUGUGAUUAUAGGACAACUAAAGCUAUAGAUCGGCAUUUUGCGAACCUUGUCGUUAACUGGGUUUGCAAGCAUUACAGAUUUGUAGCGGAGUUGAUGUUUUGUGAUGAAUUAUUAAGAAACCAUACAGGAGCGUUUACUGUAUCGCCUUCUUUAUUAAGUUGUUGGAGUGAACCGGUAACCGACGUGUUGCUUUACAUUACAACUUUUGCUUGGCUCGUUUUUAUAGCUUCUGAAUCUGAUUGCAUUCCGAGUUUUAUUGAGUUAAGUUUGAGAUUGAUGCUUUGGGGUAACAUCUGGUUUCCAGACUCAGAGCUGGCAAAAAGAAGAAAACACGGGCGCUGUCCCUGGUGCUGAAAGCCAAUGUCAAAAGAGCCUGUCUCCCGUGAGUGUGCCACGUCUUUACUGAGAUCCCUCAAUCCACCACUACAUUUUCCCAUCCCACGGAGCUACCACAUCGUACUGCUUCGCUGGUUGGCAGCUCCUCUUGCCCUGAGCCAGGAUGAAUGAUGUUCUGGAGGCCACCUCCCCUGCGACCAGCCUCAGCGGUCCAGCUACCUGCGUCUGCAAAGUAGAGCUGCGUGUGUCUUGCAAAGCCCUGCUGGACCGAGACACGCUGAAUAAGUCAGACCCAUGUGUCAUACUCAUGGUCCAGACCAACGGACAGUGGACAGAGCUGGACAGGACAGAAGUGAUCAAGAGCAACUUGCACCCGGUCUUUGCCAAGGUGUUCUCACUGGACUACUACUUUGAGGAGGUUCAGAAGCUGCGAUUUGAAGUCUAUACACCCGCACUGCACAGCAACCGGACCGAUGAUGACUUUGCGGGGGGUGGACUCCUUGCUCCAGGUAGGCAGAUGCAUCAGCAUAAAGUACAUCAAAUUGUCCCAAAAAAGAAGCCUUUGUUGCUGAAGUAUGGGAAAUAUGCCGGCAAAUCCACCAUCACGGUGCACGCUGAGGAAAUUUCUGGCAACAACGGGUAUGUGGAGCUCUCCUUCUGUGCCAAGAAGCUUGAUGAUAAGGAUCUCUUCAGCAAGUCAGACCCAUUUUUGGAAAUAUACCGAAUCAAUGACGAUGAAACUGAACAGCUUGUGCACAGAACUGAGGUGAUUAAAAACAACCUUAAUCCUGUGUGGGAGCCCUUUAAAGUGUCUCUCAUAUCCCUGUGCAGCUGUGAUGAGGAGCGGAAGCUCAAGUGCCUAGUGUGGGAUUAUGACUCCAGGGGGAAACACGACUUCAUUGGCGAGUUCUACGCCACUUUCAGGGAAAUGCAGAAAAUUGCCAGUGGAAAUAAGGUGACGUGGGAUUGUGUGAAUCCCAAGUACAAACAGAAGAAAAGGAACUAUAAAAAUUCAGGAGUUGUCAUCCUCAGUGACCUUAAGCUACACAGAGUGUACUCCUUCUUAGAUUACAUCAUGGGAGGAUGCCAGAUUCACUUUACGGUUGCCAUUGACUUCACAGCCUCCAAUGGAGACCCAAGGAACAGCUGCUCUUUGCACUACAUCAACCCUUACCAGCCCAACGAGUACCUGAAGGCUCUGAUAGCAGUGGGGGAGAUCUGUCAAGACUAUGACAGUGACAAAAGAUUUUCAGCUUUGGGCUUCGGUGCCAGAAUCCCUCCAAAUUAUGAGGUGUCUCAUGACUUUGCCAUCAAUUUCAACCCAGAGGAUGAUGAAUGUGAAGAGAUCCAAGGUGUGGUUGAGGCAUACCAGAACUGCCUUCCCAAGAUCCAACUGUAUGGCCCAACCAAUGUUUCUCCCAUCAUUAACAGGAUAGCCAAGCUGGCAGCAGGCGACGGCAUCAUUAAAGAUGCUUCUCGAUACCACAUCCUGCUCAUCCUCACAGAUGGUGUAGUGACAGACAUGGCAGACACACGCGAAGCUAUUGUACGAGCGUCCUACCAGCCUCUCUCCAUAAUCAUUGUUGGUGUGGGCAAUGCAGACUUCACAGACAUGCAGAUUUUGGAUGGAGAUGACGGAGUCCUACGCUCACCGAAGGGCGAGCCAGUCCUCAGGGAUAUUGUGCAGUUCGUGCCCUUCAGAGACUUCAAAACGGCUUCACCUGCAGCACUGGCCAAAUGUGUUCUGGCGGAGGUGCCCAAGCAAGUAGUAGAGUACUACAGCCAUAAGGCUAUCUGCCCUAUGAGUCCUAUGAGGGACUUACUGACCCCCAUCCUCAGCCCUGUCGCCACCACCCCAACAGAAUAACCACCCAUCCUGCCCUUGGGACCAAGCUUUGACCACAGCACCAGUUCAGCAGACUUACAGGGAGAAAGAACGCAUGCCUCGCGAUUUUGGACUGAAUGACUGAAGAGAAUAUCUUUCUAGAUGUGUUGUUACUCAUUUAUUUCAUUCUUCACACCUAUCAAAGUGUUUACACAAGGACAGUACGACAGAGGCUGUGAGUUACAUUUUUCUGCUCAGUGGACCCAGCGCUUCUCCCUGACUGUGCAAAUCAUGAUCAUCCAGCUGUGUCAGCAUCAUGAGUCCUGGGGGAUUGUGUUGUUUUUCCCCCUUAAUUUUUAUGCAUGCAGGCCAAUCCCUCAUUGCUGAUCCAUCGAUCGGAUAAAGGCUUAUUAUUCAUCACUGCCCAUGAAAUUCAGCAGCUCAACUCUGUCUAUUAUGUUACUGUUUUCCUUAUCUCUUAUCUUUAGAUAAUUUUGAAGAUGUACUGUGCAGUACCAUAUGUCGCAAUCAAAAUUAGAUUGCUCAACCUGAAAAUACUGACAAUACUUAAUCCAGAUGUUAUAGAUGAAUCACAGGAAGUAUAAAGAAGGGAUGCUGCAUUCAGACCUAAUAUUACAUUGACCUUGCCUCAUAAGUCUGUCUGUCUGCAGAUCACUAUUUCAAAUCAACCUACCAUAAACUGACAUAGAAACGGACUAGUGGCAAAUCAUAAAUUAGCUAUAAUCUAUUGCUAAAAUUAAAAGCACUGUUACAAAGUGCACCAGCCAUUCUCAACAAACUGUCCUGUCUGCAACUGCAUGAACGAUGAAUGACACCUCCCCUACCUAGCAAAUACAAAAGUGUGUUUGGCAGUUAGCAGGUGAAGGUUGCCAAAUUAGUGUUUUGUGUAAAAUAAUUAGCUUAUCCCUAAGUAUUUUGGCCUUCUUAAAACCAGGUU